UUUGGGGCGACGAUGUUUGUUGUGUAUGAAGUGCCUGAAGGAACUGCGCUUCCGGACGAUCUUCUCCUAGUACAUGAACGAUUAGAUCAUUACUCCCUCCAGCCAGCGGUGUCAAUGAAUGUUACAGGCGAGUGCACAUGCUUUCAAUUUCCGCACGAUUGGACUAACAUACCAGCGUCAGAGCUCAACGAAAAGAUAACUCGUUUCCUUACAGCUAAUGCGAGAGUUUUCACGAGGAAGCAAUGGAUAGAGAAGUACCCGAAAGCGACUGAAAGCUUUUAG